GGCAGACGAUCAGUCCGACGUUAGAGUCGGCGCCGACUCCACUGAGCUAGGAGAAGGGCGAGGUACGAGGGUGUGUGAGGGGUAAAUGAGAGAAAGAGAAAGCAGCUUGCUACUAGCGGACACACGGUAGGCUGCUAGCUGAACGUAGCAGCAUGGCGGGGCAAAGGGACUUCCAACAAGGCAGCCACUGCCACAGAAAAACGUGGAUUAAUAUACUACUUGGGAUCCUACAGCUGUUGUUGUCCUGCCUUCAGCACGGAGGUGCCCAACUGCCAGCCCUUACUUCGGUGUCCAGCGUGGUGGAGGUGUUGCAGGCAGAUGAUGUGGACUUUUUAGUUCCUACACAGGCGGAGGAAGAGCACAGCAAAGAGAGUCUCCCACAGGAAGAGAGCUCUUCAUUUUAUCUGCGGGAGAGUGGAAGACCCCUCCGAUUUCAGCCUCCAACUCUAGAGUUUGGGACUCAGCCGCUGGGGCUGCCAAGAGCUGAAACUGUAUACAUACACAACCCCAGCCCGGAGCUCCCCGUGACUCUGUUGUCAAUAUUUACAUCUAGUAGACAUUUUCACAUGCCUUUCUUUUCUCGAAGGGUGAUUCCACCCCGAGGGAAGACUUCAUUUAAACUCAUUUUCCUUCCAACAGAGGAGGGAAAUGUAGAGAAUUCCUUAUUUAUUAAUACAUCUACCCAUGGGGUCUUAUCAUACCAGGUUUUUGGUGUUGGUGUCCCGUGGGGCUCUCAUCGAGAUGAACACCUAAAAGAUAGUGUGUUAAUAUCCCCUCAUAUAAAGAGCAUUAAGCUGACACAAACUCAGGAAGAUGCCUCUAAUAUAACUAUUCUGGGACUUCAUCUAGAUUGCAGUUUACCCAAACAUGUGUACAGCCAUCCCCAGGGCUCGUGUUUGGUGAGUGAGGAGGAGGAGGACAGAUUCUCCCUGCUGAUCAGCCUGUCGGAGCGCGGGGAGCAGCAGGCUCACCUGGACAAGCUGAAGCCCUACGUCAUCGAGAACCUCAUGGUGCUCUUCCUCGCGCCCAGCAGCACUGCAGCUCCAAGAAUACAUGUUCAUAUGCUGAAUUCCGGAUCCAAAAAGCUGUUUGUGAAGGACAUCAAGCUCUUAUCAAAAAUAGAAAGUUCUCUCGAAUUCAACCAAGUUCUACUGAGGGACACUGCAACAAACUUCACACAUGUAUCAUCACUGUCCUGUAAAAGCUCCUCUCCAGCUCCGAGCAGGACGUGCUCCAGGCAGAUCAGCCUGCAGCUCCUGGGUAACUCCUCCAUCAGGGGCCUGCCUCACCUGCACAGGUCUGGUGUUGACCUGGCGAGCCUGUUUCAGCUGAGGCAGCGGCUGAGAGGCAGCGACCCCGCUGACCUCUGGUUCACCAACCUCCUUGGCUUCCCUCUCACCAUUACAGACGUCUCCAUUCCUCAGGAAACACAGGGCCUGCUCAAGGUGGUGAACUUCGACCGGCCCGUCACAGUGCCCUCUGGGUGCUGGAGGCUCUUCUCCAUGCAGCUCCUCAACACAACCCUGCCCGUCAACCUCAUUGCCACGGCAACGCUGCAGUCCAGGGCAGCUCUCACCCUGGUGGUACCACUGCACAUCCGCUCCACUGCAUCACAGCUGGGUGAGGUCUUGUUUGAGACGGGUGCAGAGUGUGCCCGCCCCUGUCCCCUCCAGCUGUCCAGAGCAGGCCGAGUUGAUUGGCAGCGAACGCUCCUUCCCUCGUCUACUUCUGCCCUGUGGAGUGUGGACAGCAGCCUGGCCGCCGCCGUCUGCCCCCGCUGGCAGAACCGCAAAGACCAGCUGCCCUGCAGAUGGCCCAGGCUUCCUGUGCAGACCAACACCCCGCUGGAUUUUGGGGCCACGUCUGUCAAUGAGAGCAAAGUGAAGAGCUUGACCCUGAAGAAUCCCUCGGGUUCUGUUGUUUCCGUGGAGAUCAGAGCCCUCUCCUCCUACCCUGCCCCCCUGGAGGCCUUGGAUCUCCUCACUAAAAGGUUUAACAUCAGCCCUUUGUCUGUGAACAUCACCACCACAGAGUUCUGCCUCCUGCCCACUGACUCCGAGGACGCUGAGGGUUUGCGGUUGGGGUCAGACGGGAGCCUGCGACUGCUGCUGCAGCCCUGGGAGAGUAGGACGGUGUCCGUGGCCUACACCCCCGCUGAGCAGAGGCCUGUCACCUCCAUCCUGCUCAUCAGGAACAACUUGACCAUUUUUGACAUGGUGACGGUGAAGGGCCUCGGGUCCACAGAGCUGCUGCGUGUGGGGGGGAAGCUGCCGGGCCCCGGGGCUUCCUUACGCUUCAACGUCCCCCAGUCCACACUCAUGGAGUGCAGAGAUGGUAUGCGCACAAACAAACCCUUGUUUGCGAUUCGUAAGAGCUUCAAGGUAGAGAACGCAGGCGAACUGCCUCUGACCGUGAUGUCCAUGAACAUUAACGGUUAUAAGUGCCAGGGCUUCGGCUUUGAAGUCCUACAGUGUCAAUCCUUCACUCUGGACUACAAUUCCUCCUCAGAAAUCACCAUAGCGUUUACUCCUGACUUCACGUCCUCCUGGGUGAUCAGGGACCUGACUCUGGUGACGGCGCGCGGCUCCUCCUUCCCCUUCACGCUCAACGUGACGCUGCCACACCACAUGCUGCCCCUCUGCGCUCAGGUGGUGCCCGGGCCCAGCUGGGAGGAGUCCUUCUGGGUGGUCACCCUCGUCUUCACCUGCUUCUCCUUAGCUGGUGUGUGUUUGAUGGCGAUCCACCAGGCCCAGUACAUCCUAAGUGACUUCUCCUCCUCAAGCCAGCGCAGCAACCACAACCCUCUGUCACGAGAGAACGGCGUCAUCGCCACCAUCUCCUCCAACGGUGUCAGUAAACUGAAGGGGAGCUGCAGAACAUACACAGACCCGUGCCAAACCUCUGACAAAGGGAAGGGCCGGGGCUCUCUGGCUGUGGCCAACGGGCCAACCAGGAGCCAGUCCUCCACCAAGAAGAGUUCCGGAGGCCCGGCCCAGCCCCAGAAGAAACAUAAAGUGUCUGUUCUCUACGGAAAGUACAAAGUGAGCGCGGCGAGCACCAACUUCAACUCGGCCGCCGCCCCUCCCUCCCCCACCCCGUCCCCUCGCCCCAUCUCUCCGAGCCCCCCCGUGGACGAGGAGCGGCCGGAAGAGCAGGUGUCCGACCAGAUCAUGGACACCCGCAACAACAACAACAACAGCAUCCUCAUCAGCCACGACGUGCUGGACGAGAGGCCGGGCCCGGUCGAGAAGGUGCCGCCCUUCAAGGAGCCCAGGGAGAAAGAGCCAGUUAUGUUUCCCAUGGAAACGCACGUCAUCUUCCCUGAGAACCCCUGCCCCGCCCCAGCAUUCAAAGCCAACCCGCCCACGGACGUGGCCCCAGAGAAAGAGGCCGCUGUCAAGAGGAGCAUGGAAAAAAGGGACAACACAGAGUCGGAGCCAAGAGAUGGCCAUGGCAGCCAGCGGAAGAGAACAGAGACGAGCGAUGCAGGUCCUCCAGCAGCCAACAGCAAGAAUGUAAAGAGAGGCUCGGGGAAGAGUCGCAGGAAAGCCACUGACCCCGCCACUGGGGUUCCUGAAGUGAGUGUAGUGAUGCUGUCGGAGAGGGAGAGGGAGCCGGAGCAGCGAGACCCACGCGCCGUCCUCAGGCUCCGGAACCCCUGCCCCAGUGUGAAACCAGACCUCCCUGUGCUCGGACCCAGCCUGGACAGCUCUCUCAAGCAGAACGGCGUGUGCCUGGCUCGGCCCAGGAGGAAGUGCCCUGAGCGGCGGCCGCAGUGGGAGUCGGGCUCCGACAGCUCCUCGGGCAGCUCCUCGGGCAGCGUGCGGGCAAGCAGGGGCAGCUGGGGCAGCUGGAGCAGCACCAGCAGCAUGGAGGGGGACAGGGAUGCCAACACACGGCAACACUGUGCCAACCCUGCCCGGAAGAGGGACAACAUGCAAAACUGUAUUCACCCAGCAGAUCGAGAAAGCCAUCAGAUUAUCAAUCCCAGUUGUACAACUCAGAGCAUGAACUGUCUGUACCGGAAGGAAGUGUGCCAAAGCCCAGACCCUACUCCUCCUGUGCCAAGUUUUGCGCCAAGCUUUGCCGCCGUGGCAGCUGGUGCGGAAAGGAAUAUGGACGUCCCCAGCUCAUACGUGCCAGAGGAGACAUGGUCUGCUCCCUCAGUCCCUUUGACCAAUGAGUUCAGGUACAACAUGACUGAGUCAUUGCCUUUUGUACCUCAAAGCCCAGCCACUUCUCCCUACAAUGGUUUUCCAUGGAAUGGCAUGACCAACCAAAGCCACAGCACUUACCCCUACAGCAGCCAGAGCAGCUACAUGGCAGCGGGGAACGCCCACUUCAAGAGCACUUUCCCAUGUCACGAGAGCCAAUCCGUGGCCUUUAGCCAUCAGCCUGCGUGGAGGGAGGACGCUGGCCAGGAGGCACCCACCUCUUGGGACAUGGCCGGAUGUGUGGGCAGCAAGCCAUACUUCUCAGGCACACGCAGUCUCUCCCCCAUGUCCAGCCUGUUCGGCUCCAUCUGGACCCCUCAGAGCGAGCCCUACCAGAGCCACUUCCACCAGGAGCGCUCGGCGCCCGUCUCCCCCCACACCGUCUCCCCCCACGCCACCUUCAGCCGGGAGCCUGGAGGCAGCUGCCCACCCAAGCAGUACUCCAGCUUUAACCCCUUCGGCCCCCACAUGAACCUGGACAUCUGGAACUCCUCAUCCAGCCGCAGCUCCAACUCCCAGCUGUCCAAUGACUCGGGCUAUUGCGGCGACAUCUGAAAAAUGAGGAAAAAGAACAAUGAUGCUAAACUUGUGAUGACGGCAAAGACAACAGACGAAUGUGCUUUUAUCAAUAAUGGGGAAAAUGUGAAUAUUCUCUUUUUCUGUUUUUCUGUUAACUUUCUUUCUCAAACAUUCAAUGUCGUGAGAAGGUAAACAUAUGUUGUAUAUUUUUCUAGAUGUUUUGCAGUUUGGAUCAAAAAAUAAAAAAAAAAAGGUUUUGUACUUGA